GUGCACUUUGCUUUCAGCGAGAAGGGAGAAUGGUGUCCUAUCUCGGGAGCAGUAUGAACGUGUAAGCCCGUGGUGUACACAACCCGGAACCGAUAAAUAAUAGGCAACGCACCAUUUCCCAUUCAAACCAUAUCCGGGAAAUUCAAAAUGGCAACUUUGACAGGGUUUCAAAUGCUAACAGAACCAGCCGGUAAUAAUGUGCAUGUUCGUGGGGGAGAACAGCCCGUUUCAACUCCAGGUCCAUUCCGAGCCACUAAAAUGUGGAAUGCUAUCGUUGAUCAUCUGAAGACUGCUGUGGAUAUCCGUACCAGGAAGCACAUGAUGAGGUCAUACGAGGAUUGCUUCCUGGGGUCAGAUGCAGUGGAUGUUAUCUGUGGCUACAUGGAGAGGGAAAAUUCUGAGGUCAAAGAUGUCACAAGAGAGAAAAUAGCAAAGUUAUGUCAGUAUUUCCUGGAUCAGAACAUUAUUGAGGAUGCACAGGCUUGUGGCAAUGUUGGACACAGGAGGGCGGUCUUCAUGGAUAACAACUCACAUUAUUACAGGUUUACAAGUAGAGAGAGCAGUGACGAGUCAACGAGUGAAGAGCAGACGCCAUCGUCACGUAGAGAAUCCAGCGACCUUUCACCUAGUAAUAAAUCAAAGGCAUGCAAGAGGAGAUCAAGUAUAGAUGUUCUACAGCAGCCGUUUGACAGGAAGAGGAGGAUACGUCAUAGCUUAGGCAAGGGUAAACAAGUCAAGUUUGAUCGCAGGGCAUCCUUAGCAGAAGGGCGCUCCUCUAACAUGAAGGGGAUCCAGAACCCUGCCUUCGAAGGCCCCCAUUCCGACGCCCUCACAACCAUCGUCACGCCAACCCGUCAGCCACUAGCGACCCUAAACCACCGGGACCAAGCCGUGACCCCAGGAUUGAAGAGAUUUGGUAGAGAGAGUAGGAGGGAGAGGAGACUUUCCAAACAAGUGAUCAGCGACAUCUGGAAGGAGGUCAUCAUUCAGAGGAUCUUACAUCUGGUGGAGCUCCCCCAUCUGGAUAAUCUGCUUGCCUGUGCAGCCAGCUACCAUUACGAGUCUGCAGAGCAUGUAGAGAAGUCUAUGCCGAACCUAGAUACACCAGCCAGGAGGAUGUCCAGUAGGAGGACUUGCCAGAGGCCGGAUAUCAAUAAGAUUGACCCUUGGCUCAGAACUGCCAUGCACUGUCUAGACGUCCACCCAGAGGGCGCUAACGUGAAGCGCGACUUCACCUCCAGCCGUCCGCACGCACCGGGGAUGCUGCACGCCCGCAAGCUCCUCCUCUACAAAGCCAUUGUCAAACUGUACACCGAAAGCUGUAAAGAACCGCUCAUAACCCCUCUACUGAUGGAUAUAGUUACAAUGAUUCUUGGUGCGCUCGGAGGCGGGAAGGGAUCCCGGGCCAUUGAACUUACUCAACUAUGCCUCCUUUUGUUGCCGGGGGCAACCCGACUCCGAUUAAGGGCGCUACUAAGGUUCAUGGGGGAAGCUGGGAAGAAGACGUCGGUCAAGCUGACCUACCAGGUCGACAAUCAUACCAACGUCUGUAACACUCUCCAGAGGGCCAUCAUAUCAAGCCCUCUACUGUCAGCCAUCCAAGCCAAGAACCUCGUCUCUUUCUUCCUGGAUGCUCAGAAUAAAAUCUUCAAGAUUCCCGAGGCAGUUCUUCAAGUAGUAACGACGAGGAUAGCGCAAGCUAAACAGGGUGAAAAGGACCACUGUAGAGUUGUCUUCUGCCAGAUGGUCACAACUGAACAGUUUGAGGUUCAAAGCUACACCAAUGAAGCCCUCAAGAACCUCAUGAAUAGCAUCAUUGAUGACACCAAGCUGUCGCUAAAAGAGAAGAAACAGAAGCUGAAGCACCUCCAGAAAACCCACACAGAGGUCUACAACAGACAUUUUGCCGAUAUGCUUUAGUACAUAUUCCUUGUUAUUUCUGUUAACCAGUUGGAUACCUAGUUUUGUGAUGUCCAUAGGCUUUGUACAUGGAUCACCCGCUACCAGUAGGCAAUGGGUUAACCUGUAGACUACUGAAUACUCUGAGUCUCAUGGGCUUUGUACGGGGAAAAUCCGGUGUCAGAAGGCAACGUGUUAACCUGUUGAAUACAGAAUUCUGCAAUCCCAUAGGCUUUGUACAGGGAUCACCCGCUUUCAGUACAUUGUAGGUAACAGGGUAAGAUGAAAUUAUGCCCUUCAGAAAAAGAAAAUCUAUUCAUGUGCACAAAUGCAUAGAGAGCACAGAAACAUUUCUCAAUGACUGGAAUAUGUUUAAUCUUUAUAUAAAGAUUUAUUCCAAACAGUACCACAUUCCUCAGCUAAUAUUUUAAUUUUCACUUCCUUGUUUUUGCUUUUCUUCUUUUUUUUUGUGUGAAAACUGCCAUUCAGCUUAUUUUAACUUUUACAUUGGAGGGUUGGUUUUUUUUCAUCAUUUUAGUUUCUAUUCAAACAUUUCACUGCCAAAGUUUUAAUUUGGUUAGUUCUGACAGGAUAGGAGCGCAAUUGACAAUUUCUUCGAAAGAAUAGCAAUUCCGGGCACAAAUGCAUGCUCUAACUGCGCAUUUUAAUGUCAAGCAAUGAUAAAGUGUUACAAUACUGUAUUAUAAUAGAAUGGAAAUAAUCUGUUGGUAUUUUACAUAUAUAUAUUGUGUAUGAGUGCCUUAUAAAUACAUGUAGGCAGAUUAUUAUAAAAGCCACUGACGUAAUCAUUCCUGAACUCGAACCGCAAUCACUGCCAAAUUAUUUAACAUUCCGGGAGAUAUCUUCGCCUUGUAACAUAAACCUUUAUAGUGGUCAAUCAUGGGGUUACGAUUGAUUGCAUUAGUGAUUGUAUAUGAUCAAUUGUAAAAUUAGACCCAUUGUCAAUUGCUAAGCCUUAUGUGAAAGGGCUCUUGUUUGAAUCCCUUUGUAGUAGGUAUCGGCAGACUCCCCUUCUCCACGAAUCCAUGGUGUAUAUUUACCUUUACAUUUGAAAGUAUUUUAGUGGUAGAACAGUAGACAUACAGUUGUUUUCUUCUUUAAAAUAUUAGGGGCAAAGAUGAGAAUGAUUUCUUUAAAUCUGUCCUGAAAUAGAUCCAAAUGUCACUUUGCAGAUGUGCUCAAAGUCAAUUUUAUAUUGUUUUAUUUAACAUUGCAGUCAAACCUGUCAAUUAAGGCCACAUAGAUUAAGUGACCACUGGAUUCAGGUGGUCUUUAAAGGUCAAGUCCACCCUAGAAAAAUGUUGAUUAGAAUCAAUAGACAAAUAUCAUACAAGCGUAAUGCUACAAUGUGUUAAUUUCAUCGAAAUCGGAUGUAAAAUAAGAAAGCUAUGACAUUUCAAAGUUUCACUUUAACAUUUAUAUGCACAACUCAGUGACAUGCAAAUGAGAGAGUCGAUUUCAUGUCCUUCACUCACUAUUUCUUUUGUUUUUUGUUUGAGUUUUAGAAUAUUUCAAUUUUUGCAGAUUGGACACUAAUGACCAACUAAUGACUGAACUAGGAAAUGUUAAAAUAAUGGCAAUUCCACAUGUUCACGAAGGAAUAACUUUGUUUCACAAGACGAUGAAGAGAAAAUGAGAAUAUUUAAUAUUUUAAAAUACACCCCAAAAAAAGUGAUGUCAUUAGCCCUCUCAUUUGCAUUCCGACCAGGAUGUACAUAUAUCAUUGAAAUUAUGUGAAAAAUUGAAAUUUUUUGUAACUCUCUUAUUUUACACCCGAUUUUGAUGAAAUUUUCAGUGUUAUGCUUGGUGGAUUUUUCUCUUUUUAUUUAAAUAACUUUUUUUUUUUUGGGGGGGGGUGGACUUGCCCUUUAAAGACAGGUAUAUAGCACAUCUGUCUUUCAAGUGGGAGAGAGUUUUGGUGGCCCUUUAAGACAGGUUUUUACUACAGACUGUAUUUUAUUCUGGAUGAGAGCAGUGAUACUGCCAAACUUGGUAUACAUGCUUGGAGCAUCGUGGCCCAGUGGAUUAGCCUCCGGACUUUGAAACAGAGGGUCGUGGGUUCAAAUCCCAGCCAUGGCGUAAUUUCCGUCAGCAAGGAAUUCAUCCACAGUGUGCUGCACUCGACCCAGGUGAGAUAAAUGGGUACCGGCAGGAAGUAUUUCCUCAUAAAGCUGUGUGCACCUGAAUAGGUAGCCUAGCUUAGCCGGGUAAUAAUAGCAGGGCCCGCUGGGAGAACAGCUUUCGGAACUGAAGUGGCUACCCUGGGUAAAUAUACCGUUAUUAUUAUUAUAUGUACGAUGUACCAGCUUUCAUGGUGUAUUAACCAACCAUUGAUGUCCCUUUUCAUUCCAUUUCAUAAACUAUUUGUGUAUUUGUGUACUUAACUCCCCCUCGUCUGUGUACAUGCAAAGUAAAGUUAUCUGCGUACACACAGACAAGUGUUAAAACACCUAGUAUCCAACUACACAUAGUGCCGUUCACAUAUGUGACCAGCCAACCCAAUACCAACAAUAAGUCGCCCAAAAUGAAUUUUGAUAUUUUUAUUGAGUUUGAACAAGCACAUCCUAAGCUUUGAAAUAAUAUAUGAUUUGUCAAACUUGAUCAACAAUAACUCACUCAAAUACUUGAUUGAAUGCAGAGAAAAUCAAGACCUUCAGAAAAUAAAUAGAAAACAACAUUUGUAUCUUGUAUCUCGUUUUCUAUUCAACCUUAUAACUUGAAAUUUUUACAGUAUAAAGAUGAAGAAAUUUUACUUCAGACAAGCUAAGAUUUGAAUUUUGGCUUUUUGAAGACCAAUUUACUAUUUUGGCUAUUAACAGAGAACCUUUCUUGGUGACUUGUUGGUGGUUCUGGGUUGAUUGGUCGCAUAUAUAUUCAUAACAUUUCCUCUUUUCAUGAAGGGGGAAUUCUGGGGGAUAUCAAGUUUUGCUGCAGUUGAUCAAAGCAAAGUAAAGUUUGGCAUACUCCCUCAUUUGUAAAUGAAAAUAUAUAUGAAUAUGGGCUUCUUGAUUUUCUUGAUUUAAAAAGAAAAGUUCUCUCAAAAGCGUUUUGCAGAAGUGGGUCGGGUGAGUUUAGAUAACAUCCCUUACCUACGUUAAUGGCUGAUAAUAGCAAUAUACAGAACGAAAUUAUAAGAGCAGGAUGUUAAGUCAUAAGCCAUGGUUAAAGUUGUAAUGGUAUAUUUAUCCUCUGACCCUAUUUUAAUGAUAGCUGUCUCAUUUGAUAUGGAUGGGGAUUUACUUAAUGCAGGUUGUAGUCUGUAAUUAACUUGGAAAUAGUCCAUAAAAUCCCUUAUCUCUCUUUUUACUCUCCAACUGUCAUUUUUAUCUCGCCAACUUGGCAAAAUGGGGAUGUAGCUACUCUUCUGAUGGUGGCGAUGAAAUGCAAAUCUUGUAAUGCACGCUAGAUGGCAAGUGGCUUGUAACUUUUUAAUGCUAGAAUAUUUCACCAAAUUUGCCAUGAUUUGACAACCAAUUGGCCCUAUUUUGUUCAAAUCAUUGACCAGGACCCAAUCAGGACUGGUCUUUCAUAUUUGAACUCCAUCAGAAUUUUUUCUGUUGAAAGCCCAAGGACUGGACUUUCACAUUAGAACUCCAGAAUUUUAUCAACUGAUAGUGCUACUCAGUGAAAUAAUACUAAUACUACUACUACUAAAUAAUAACAGCAUGUUUAACCAGGGGAGCCACUUUAGUUCCGAAAACUGUUAUCUCAGCGGACCCUGCUAUUAUUGUUACCCAACUUGAACAGGUGCUCAAGCAUUCAAAGAAUUUCUUCCUACCGGGGACCCAUUCACCUCACCUAGUCUGCUGUGCAAACCCUUCACUCGAGUUAAGGGUCUGAAUGUGCAGCUUACUCAUGCCUUGUUUUGUAUGUGCUAGUCUUUGCGUGGAGACACACUUGCUGAUCAAAGUUUCAAUCAGGGUCUGUGCCUGCAGACUACACCUCGCCUGUGUGGAGUGCAGCACAUUGCGUGUAAAUUUCUUGCUGAAGGAAAACAUGACAUGGCUUGGAAUCGAACUCACGUCCCUCAGAUUGAAAGACGAUAGUCAUAACCACUAGACCAUGUGCCCCCUGAUCACAGUUCAAUGCCCUAAGCUAUUUUAGUUCCUCCGGAUACUUACCCGUGCCCCUUAGUUGACUUUUUAAUUCAGGAUCUGAACCUGUUAACUUGUUUUUUUUUCUUUUAAAUAUUGAUAAUAAUAAGAAUAAUACAUAGCAUUUUUAAGGCGCUUACUACUGGUGUUUCUAAGCGCACUGUGUUCUGUUUAUGAUACAUGUACAUGUAUGUACAGACAUUUCCUAUUCUCUUGCAUAUUCCAUAAUCACUUGAAAACAAAUUGAACUGUUUUUUUUUCUAUAUUAAAAUGAAACUAAUACACAAUACUUUUUAUUUGCGUGAUCCACAACCUGAAAACCAAUUGAACUUGUUUUUCUCUACAUAAAAAUUAACCUCAUACAUAACAGUAUAACUUUUUAUUGGCAUUAUCCAACUCUUGAAAUAAAUAAAACUUGUUUUUCUCUAACAUCCCACCAUAAUACAAGGACAAUACAUUUUUAUUGGCAUUAUCAGAAUUAUGACCCAACCCAAGAUAAUCCUUGAUGACAAUAUACAGCUAAGAGAUCAAUAUGAUUCCAAGACUAAUAAUAAUAAUAUAGGGUAUUUAUAUUGCGCACAUAUCCACCUUGUUAGGUGCUCAAGGCGCUCCUAUAUUACCCGGCUAAGCUAGGCAUUCAUAGUGCACUAAUUAACUCUGUCUUUUUCUCUGCAGUUUCUAAAAACAUGACACUUUUCCCUUGUCGUAAUCAUUACCCCAAACCAUGGGCAUCACCGCAGAGGAUUGUCCUUUUUUCAUGGGGGGGGGGGGGGGGGCGGGAGGGGUAAAUCUCUCUCUACUUUGACGCCCGAGUCCCAAACCUCAAUUAUGUACAAGGGUAUCCGGGGAGCGUUUCAUCAACAUUUUUGGCCGACAAGUUGUCAGAUCUGACAACUUUCCCUGAUUCUGAUUGGGUGAGAGGUACUGUUACUAUGGUAAUUGUCGUAUAAAACAGGACUUGUCAGAUAAAAUCCUUUCAUGAAACGCUCCCCAGAUCUCGUCUUUCAAUUAGAGGAUCGUGGGUUUGAAUCCUAGUCAUUAGUUUCCUUCAGCAAGAAAUUUACCUUCAUUGUGCUGCACUUGACCCAGGGGAAGUGAAUGGGUAUACUCGGCAGGAUUAUUUCCUUGAACGCACCAAGCGCUGGAAACGGCAGCAAGAGCUAAAGCGGGGGUAAGAGGAUAUGCAUAGUGCGCCUUGAAAUAAAUUGAUACAUUAGGCUCUGAAUAAGCCGAUCUUUCAUGUCAAAGCAUACACAUAUUUACAUCUCUAAUAAUAGUAAAAUUCCACUUCAGUCAUAUAGAUUUCUGUGGCUCCAAGAGAUUCGACAGUUUCACCUGUAUAAAUGAAGACAAUCCUAUUAUACAUUCCAUUCUGCAUGGCCGUAUGCAGAAUUUUUUUCCAGGGGGGGGGGGGGCAAGACAUAAAGAUUUGAAGCAACUCAAAAGCGGGGGAGUAAAGUGACUGAGCUUGUCAAUGGGGUGCUUUUGUAUUUUCUAAAGUGAAAUCGGAGGAUUUCGUGCACACUUUUGGUGAAGUUGUGAAAGUUUUUUUUUUUUUUUUUUUAGGGGGGGGGGGAGUGGGAAAGAGCAACUUCCGGAUUUUCAUUACCCCCCUUCUGCUGCCUACGGCCAUGCAAUAAUAGUAAAUAUGUGUAAUGUAAAUUUUGUUCCUAUUUCAGUAUCAACAACAAGCUAUUUUUUUUCUUGUGACUUCUCUUAUUUUGAUAAAUUUUCCUUUGUUUAGAUAUUAUGUAUGAUAUUGAUUGUGAAGUCAAACAAUCAAAUCUGCAUUGAAUGUUAGAGUAGCUUUCACUGGGCAAGUUAAAUGUUACGUUCUCUUUGAUUUUCACUGACAAAUUUGCUCUUGGCCAAUCAUGUGCAAGAAUUUCAGUAGCUUAUAGCUGCUGUUAUCAUUGAAAAUCAUUUCAUUAAUCUUGAAACCAGGGCCCUCUUGCAUAAAAAGUUACUAUUAUGGUAACUUUGUGCCAUCCGAUGGUAAUUACCAUGGUAACGCUGAUCAACAGCCUAUCAAAAUCAAGGAUUCCAUGCAAGUUGCCAUUGGUUGGCAAAGUUUCCAUAAUGGUAUAACUUUAAUGCAACAGGGCCCAGUACAGGAAGACAAUUUUUGAGCAGUUUCAAUUUCAACUCCUGGUAAUGAUGUAGUGUAGGGACACUGGUAACAUUUUUGAAAGCUUAUGAAUCGGUGAGAAGUGUUGAUAAUCCUAUCUGAUAGUCCAGAUUAUUUUGUUGUAGUCAAUUGAAUAGAUCAUUGCUCAUGUUGAGCAAUUCUAGUAUGAAAAUUCGCAUGUACAUAACAUAUCCAUUUCAUUAGUAGAAACCUGUGAAAAUCUUUAAUGAGAAUGUGUAAAUACAUGUAACAUAAUAGCUGUAAACAAUGCACAAUGUUGACUGUAAAUUUACAUACAUUUACAUGUACUAGUAUAUCUGUUAUUAAUAAGCUUGCCAAUCUCUUCAUGUUGUAAUCGUUUCAUUGUCAAUUGUAAAAUAGUGUGUGUUUUAACUUUCUUGAAAUGUAACCGCAAUAAAUAAUAAUAAAAGGCAACAAAUGCA